AUGCCUUCAGAUACAAAGGAACCACAGAGUCUCCCCCUGGUAACGGAGACCACAGCCAUGCCUUCAGAUACAAAGGAACCACAGAGUCUCCCCCUGGUGACGGAGACCACAGUCAUGCCUUCAGACACACAGGGACCACACAGUCUCUCCGUGGCAACGGAGUCCACAGUCGUGCCUUCAGACACACAGCGACCACAGAGUCUCCCCCUGGUGACGGAGACAACAGUCGUGCCUUCAGACACACAGGGACCACACAGUCUCUCCGUGGCAACGGAGUCCACAGUCGUGCCUUCAGACACACAGCGACCACACAGUCUCUCCCUGCGACAAUACAAACAUACAAACCUGCAGUUCUACACCACUCAGGAAAGGCCAUCAACCAGCACACCUAGACCAAGUUUAUGUGACGUCACGCCACGUUCCGGCGGCGAGGAGUUCGUGUUUCUAUAUCCCACCAAUAAAGUUCCCAGCGACUCCCAUCUCGACCUACUGCUGGCAUCAAACGAAACCGGAAGUCUGACACUUCGGGGAUUAAGAGGCUUCGUGUGCCUAAACUAUACAUAUACCACCGGAAGUAAAAGAAUUGAAGUUCCACAAUCGUUACAAUUAAGUAAGGAAGCGAUUGAAAACAAAGCCAUCCAAGUAAUUACCUCAAAUGACGUCACUCUGCACGCGAUGUAUCAUGAUCCUUCCACCAUCGAUGGGUUUUUUGUUCUUCCCGUCCGUGAUUUGUCAGACACCUAUGUCAUACCCUCCUUCGACAAGAAUGGAAUAUUUAAGACAUUUAUUGGCGUAACAGCUGUGAGAGACAGCACAACUAUACAGAUAAAGUUACACACAGAUCAGGUCUACUUUUACGACGGAAAUGCAUACAAUGAUAGGCAGACUCUCACAAUCCAUCUGAACGCGCUGGAAGCAUUUGAACUUACACACACAGGUGACGUCACGGGAACACUCGUCAAGAGUAACUAUCCAAUCGCAGUACAAGCUGGGAGUCAAUGUUCCAGCGUUCCAGUUGACGUUGGAACUUGUAAUCAUCUACAGGAAAUGGUGCCACCGGUGUCGCGUUUAGGAUCCAUUUACAUCGUGCCACCUCUAGUUAGUACCCAGGCAUAUUUUGUCCGGGUUAUAGCUGCUUAUCCUAUGACCGUUGUUGAUACAAAAAUCAGCGAUCAUUCUGAAAUGUCCGGUUUCAUAUUAUCUGAAGUCGGGGAUUUCAGAAACAUCGAAGUGAACAGCCCUGAAAUUCUCUUUAUAAACAGCAGCCAUCCUGUGCUGGUGGCGCAUUACGCGGAGGGAUUGGGUCGUAGUGAACCGGCCAUGACGGUCAUACCGUCAGUUCAUCAGUUCCGCUUGGAUUACGAUAUUACUGUGUCGGAUCGACCAGGGUUCGAUAAUUAUCUGUCAAUCAUUAUUCCUACCAAUAACAUUAAUGACAUUAGGAUCAAUCGUGUCAACCUGACGUCACACGGAUACUUCAAUGUCCACAAUGGCACCUAUGAUUUGUUGUCCUAUAUCCACAGCUCCGUUGAGGUGAAGGUCGUCCCAGGAGUAUACCACGUGUACACCGAACCUCGUACUACAGAAUUCGGACUUAUUGUAUAUGGAGUCUCGAACGGAAACGCAUACGAAUAUCCCGGUGGUCUCUGA